AUAGGGUAUACAAUGAAUUGGGCUUUAUAUGGCGCACUGUGUGUCCAGACCUACAUCUACUACAUUUCGUUCCCCAAGGACCCAAUCCUAUCGAAAUUCCUGAUAUACCUCCUUUUGGCUUUGGAGACGCUACAAACCGUCCUCUUCACUAUAGAUUUAUUUGAUAUAUUUGCUGCGAAUUUUGGACAAACCGACGUCCUCAACAACGUCCAUACGUUAUGGUUUUCUGUCCCGAUAAUGACAGGACUUAUUGGUGGCAUUGUACAACUGUUUUAUUGCUACCGGAUAUCGGUUUUGAGCAAAUCCCGCGUGCUGGCGGCCUCCAUAGGGGCGAUUUCCGUGGCCCAAUUUGUGGCGGCAAUAAUUGAAGGACAUCUGCAAUAUACAUACGGUCUCUACUCUGUACAAUCCCGGCGGAAUUCCCUGGUACCUUGUCUAGUUUGGCUUGCUGGAAGUGCUUUAUGUGAUAUCAUCAUCGCGACUAUUCAGACGUACUACCUGAUCAAAAUUGACGCGUCGUACAAAGCGACCCGUAAUAUGAUAACGAGACUUGUGCGUAUCACCAUCGAAACUGGUGUUCUAACAGCGGCGGCGGCAACGGUAGUAGCGGUCUUCCUUGUGACUGACACACGGAUGUACAAUACUGCGCCGGCAUUCUGUCUCGGGAAGUUAUAUACCAACGCUUUGCUUAUGGUAUUCAAUAGCCGCACUCGAUAUCAAUCACGACGCGAUCAAGUUACCGACGCUGGAAUUUUCUUCGCAAGGAAUGCCGACAUAGGAGGGGACACCAGCUUUUCC